AUGCCAGGUGGCGACGCAGCGCAGACAUCCGGAUUCGUGUUCGCUCGAGACGCAAGUGUGUGUACAUGUACACACAGGCGCAGUCAGAAUCAAGAUCUCUGUUUAUGCACUGUGUGUUGCAGCUACUGUGGACAAGCUGCACGCCGUGCUUGCGAUACGAGGCAGCGGAAUCUCGGACCCGACCAAAUCGGAUCCAAGACGCAGAGAGGUGGGCAUGUGACACACACACACUGCACCGAUGAGAUGCGCAUGUGCGAUUGCCUGUCUUUCUGUGUGUCUUUGUGGUGUCUGUCUAUCAGGGCAUGAUACUGUCAUUUCUCGACAGGCUGCUGAGGAGGGCACAAAGUGGGAUAUCGACAGAUGGACAGCAGAUACGAUCCCGCCUAUCGGUCGGUGAGGCGGCAGAGCAUACGUCCGCCCCUCCCUCCCUUGCUUAUCCUUCCUCUGGUGCAACUGCCUGUCUGCAGCAGCCGUGA